CACGGACAGAGACUCUGCUCUUCUGGAAACUUUCUGCGACCUGUCACUAUUUAAUACAUCCACUUAUCCCCUGUCCUCCUCACUACUCUUCAGACACAAACUAAAACAAACAAACAAACGAAGAAACCAAAGAGGUUAGAUUUUCAGACAUGAAGUUCGGGAAAGAAUUUUCAUCACAGAUGGUGCCUGAGUGGCACGAAGCUUACAUGGAUUACGAAUAUCUCAAAUCUCUUUUAAAAGAUAUCACCAAAUUCAAACGCAAAAACAAUCCUAGUCACGGCCAACAUCAUCUUCGCCGGAAGCUAACUGUUUACCGAACAUUCAGCGGUUUACUCUCAAAGUCAGCAAGAAAGAGACAUCAUCCCCUCGGUAGUGCACCGAUCAGUCCUUUCUCAGAUUCUGACGACGACAUCGAGGAAGGACUAAAAUCAGCGCCCAUUCUGGUCCACUCGGCGAGUCACGGAUACGAGACGACGUUUCUGAUGGCGGCGGAAGCAGGAGGAGAGUACGAGACGGUGUUUUUCCGGCGGUUGGACGACGAGUUCAACAAAGUGGAGAAGUUCUAUAAGGAGAAAGUUGAAGAAGUGAUGAGAGAAGCUGUGAUGCUCAACAAACAGAUGGAUGCGCUGAUCGCGUUUAGGGUGAAAGUGGAGCAUCCUGAUGGGUGGCCAUGGAAGGAACGUACGGUGGAGAUGACUCGAUUAGCUUCCGAUAUCUCUAUUUCCGCCGCGGCCGUCGCAGCUUCUACUCCGGCCAGAGCUAGAUCCAUGAAGCUUGGCGCUCAAGCUCUGGAAGCAAUACAGGAAGGAGGAUCAAGCAGCAGUGGUAAAUCCGACGAAGGCGAAGAUGAAAAUGAAGACGACAAGGAGAAGGAAGAAGAUAAAGUCGUUUACGACCCAGCGGCGGGUGACAUAAGUAGAUUAAGUGCUGCAAGGCCAUCUCCCAUCGAGGUUUUGGACCGUGUGAAGAUCAACAAUACCAAAGAAACGCCUCGGUCCACCAUUAAAUCCGUUCUCAAACCCUCGAACCCGGAGCUCAAGUUUAGCAGAGAUAAUCUGAAGAGAGUCGAGGAGAAACUGAGACGCGCUUUUGUCGAGUUCUACCACAAGCUUCGGCUGCUCAAGAGCUACAGCUUUUUGAAUGUGUUGGCGUUUUCGAAGAUAUUGAAGAAGUAUGAUAAGGUUAGUUCGAGGAAUGCUACGAAGUCCUACAUGAAAAUGGUUGAUAACUCUUAUCUUGGUGGCUCUGAUGAGGUUAUUAGACUUAUGGAGCGUGUUGAAGCUACAUUCAUAAAGCAUUUCACCAAUGCUAAUAGAACAAAAGGGAUGAACAUCUUGAGACCCAAACCUAAAAGAGAGAGACAUCGUAUUACAUUCUCCACAGGUUUCUUGGGUGGAUGCAUGUUCUCUCUAGUAGUGGCUCUAUUCGCUAUCAUACGCACCCGGAACAUUUUGCAGGAGGAAGGCCAAAAACAGUACAUGAACACCAUGUUCCCUCUUUACAGCUUGUUUGGCUUCAUUGUGCUGCACAUACUUAUGUAUGCUGCCAACAUUUACUACUGGACGAGGUAUCGAGUGAACUAUUCUUUCAUAUUCGGAUUCAAGCAAGGAACAGAACUUCGCUAUAGACAAGUCCUACUUGUGGGCUUCAGCAUUGGUGUUUUGGCUCUUCUCUGUGUUAUUGCGAAUCUUGACAUGGAAGUUGACCCCGAAACUAAUGAUUACAAAGGAUUAACCGAACUUCUUCCUCUUAUCCUCCUCAUUGGUCUGUUUAUAGUUCUGGUCUUACCAUUCAACAUCUUCUACCGCUCAAGUCGCUUAUUCUUCCUCACGUGCCUCUUUCACUGCCUUGCUGCUCCUCUUUACAAGGUAACAUUACCUGAUUUCUUGUUGGGAGAUCAGUUAACAAGUCAGGUGCAAGCUCUUAGAAGCAUUCAGUUUUACAUAUGUCACUACGGUUGGGGAGAUUACAAACUCAGACAAAACACUUGCACAGAGUCAGACACCUACAAUGCUUUCUUAUUCAUUGUUGCUGUCGUCCCAUAUGUCUGUCGUCUCCUUCAGUGCUUGAGGCGGCUAUUUGAAGAGAAAAACACAGAGCAAGGAUACAAUGCUAUCAAGAACUUCUUGACUAUAGCGGCUGUCUGCUUGAGGACAGCUUACAGUGUGGACAAGGAUAAUCAAUUCUUAUGGAGAAUGUUAGCUGGGAUCUUCUCAGCUAUUGCUGCCAUUUUCUGUACUUACUGGGACUUAGUCUUGGACUGGGGUCUCCUAAACAGGACUUCCAAGAAUCGUUGGCUCAGGGAUAAACUCCUUAUCCCUCAAAAGAAAGUAUACUUCAUCGCCAUGAUCUUGAACGUAUUGCUCAGAUUCGCGUGGGUGCAGACCGUGCUGGAUUUCAACGUCUCCUUUAUGCAUAGACAGACGAUGGUUACUGUUGUAGCCAGUUUAGAGAUUAUCCGCCGUGGAAUAUGGAACUUCUUCAGGUUAGAGAAUGAGCAUUUGAACAAUGUGGGGAAAUACAGAGCAUUCAAGACGGUUCCAUUACCGUUUAACUAUGAUGAGGAUGACGACAAAGACAACUAGUGUUUGAUCUCUUGUCUUAAAAUUGUGUAAAGUCAGACGCUUCAACUGAAUUCAUCCACAUGAAGUAAGAAGAAGACUGAAUUAUACAAUAGCCGACACCAAGAUUAAGGAUCAGAUGUUAAUCUCAGGGCUUGUAACUUGUAAGAGUUUUUUUAGAAAAAACUUGUGGUUAGUUCUAGGACUAGAGCUCACUAUCUGAUCCUAGGCCAUUAAGCAAUGUACUCUGCAUUUCUAUUUUUGAGUUCUUAAUAUCAUUCCUCAUGUAUAUGAAGACAAGAGAGGAAACACACCUAGAAGUAGAACUAAAAGGUAACUUCUC